AUGCUGGCUUUAGUUCCUAAAGGGUUUCCCGGUUGGGAGUCAUCAAAAUACAAGACUAUUGGGAACACAUUUAUAGUAAACGUAGCGCUGGCAGAUCUUUUGGUAUCAGGACUUGUAGUUCCAGCUUCUGCAAUAGUUAUCCUGUCGGGAUUAAACGACGAUCUAGGAGUGUGCAAGUUCCAAUGGUUCCUAGCGGUUCUUUGUUUCCUGGUUACUGUCCUUUCAUUAUCUGCUAUAGCGGCCGAAAACUAUGCCAGACUAUGCUGUUCGAUUAACUUCUACGAAUCGUUAACACCCUUGAAGAUAACUACAAUAGUCCUAGUUUUUUGGGGUAUCUGCUCCAUCGCAUCUGGACUUCAAUUUUUUACUAAAAACGUUUCCUAUGAUUACUGCACAAGGAAAACCGAAGGUUUGAUACCAUAUCAAGCAACAAUCGGGGUUUUAUUUGUUUUUUGUCCGAUUAGUUUAGCAUUUAUUUGUUAUGUAAGAGCAAGUUACCAAGUUCGGAUGGCUAAAUCCAGACCUAGUUUUAAACCUCCCGUCACAUUCGGUUGGGAUUAUUCAUUAAUGCAAACAAAUAUUUAUAGUUUUUUAUUAUUUGUUAUUUUUUGGUUACCAUUCGGGAUAGUUUUGGCGAUUGGAACGGUUCGAUCCAUACCUAAUAAACUAUUUUACAACUUAGCUUGGUUAGCUAUAAGUAAAUCUUGCAUUAACAGCAUUUUAUAUUGCGUGACUAACAGACAUUUUCGAGAGGCUUACAUCAAUUUAUUCCAUUACUGUUGUUGUAAAACGACGGUUACAUUUUCGAGGAGACAGAGACCGGAAGGGGUUCGACCUUCCGGUGACGUCCGAGUCCAUAUCAUACCAGGUUACAAUAUGUAUUGUAGUCCACAAAGGUGCAGGGAUGGUCAAUCAAAACGAUCUGCAAACCGAUCAAAUGGCAGAGAUGUUUAUGAAUUAUGAUGAGGCGAAAGUUUUAACACUCAAACGGGUG